GAAGUUUGCACACACCGUCUGUCUAUUGGUUAAUUUGCUGAGUGUGUUUCUCCUCUCCAGAUCGGCUCCACCCAGUGCCUCUGCUCCUCACUAAUACUGAGACAUGAUUGGAGCAGAGAGAUUCAUCCUCAUUGGCUGUCUGCUGCAAGGAGCCUUGGGCAGGGAUUGGGCAGUCUGGAUGCCUCAAAGUAUAGAAGCUCUGAAUGGAUCCUGUGUGCUGAUUCCCUGCAGAUUUGAUAUAGAACCUAAAUAUGACAAAGAUCUGACAGCUGAGGCUAAAGGACUAUGGAGAAAAGGAGACAAAGAUGGUAAAGAAGUGUUUGAUUCCAGUAGAACUGGGACAGCAGCUGAACAGAACACAAUUAAAGGAGAAUUAAUUGGACAACUGCUGAAGAAGAACUGCACCACAAUUCUGGAUGGCUUCCCUUCGUCUUACAAUGAUGAUUAUUUCUUCAGAUUGGAAGGCUCAAAUGGAGUAAAGUUUACUUUUCCUAAUGGUGUCAAAAUUAAUGCACAAGACUCUCCACCCAAACCCAAGUUAACCUCAGAGAGGCUGGAGGUGAUGGAGGGGACUUCUGUGAGUUUGAGCUGCUCUGCUGCAGCCCCCUGUCCCAAACUCCCCCCAAAUCUGACAUGGACCCCCAGGCUGAAUGACAGUGUGGGUCAACUGCAAGAGAAUGUGUCUGUGUCUUCUGUUCUGACCUUCACUGCUUCCCACCUCCACCAUGGGCAGAACAUCACCUGCAGGGCACUUUACACUCUGCAACAUGGAAACAUUCAGAAGAUGUCUGAGGCCAAUCUGACUCUCCGAGUUCUAUGUAAGUGA